AUGGAGGCUAAAAAAGCAAGAAAACCUAGAAAACCAAAUUUCUCCACAGCUGAGUGCAAUUUAAUUUUGCAAUUAGCUGAGGAAAAUAUAGAGACUAUAAGAGAAAAGUUCUCAAACACAUUAACUAACCAAAAAAAACACACAGUUUGGCAGUCUAUUUGUAAUAAAGUGAACGCACUAGGCGUCACUUUGCGCUCGGAGACUGAUGUUCGCGAGAAAUGGCGAGCAAUGUGUGGAGUGGCUCGGAAAGAAAUGGGAAAAGACAGGCAAUCGUUGGAAAAAACAGGAGGAGGAAGACCGACUGCACCGCCCACUUCAACAAGCCAAAGGAUAAUCGAGAUUUUUGGUGAUGAGCCUGGAUUUUCGGGUAUCCAAGGUGGUAUCGAGUCAGGAACCAGUUUUAGCCCUGAGCCAGAAAGUUUCACAGUUGAUAGUUUUGAUAGUGUUGGUGAAGAGGCAAUACUUCAAGUUGGAGAAAAGAAAGAUAGAGUUAGAGGUGGAAAACCUAGAGUUAACAAAAAUAAAGCUACAACUGGAGAUAGAGGAACUCAAAGCAAGGGUUACUAA